UCCAUCUAUGAAUGAGAUUGCUUUUUGGAAAGAAACACCAUGAACACUCCACUACUGAUGUUUGUUCUUCUGACUCUACCCUGCUACAGCGCACAUGGGCAGGUCAAUCCUUUUGGAAUUCCAGUCUCCGUCCAUGCUGGGAAGUUCUACGGCACGUCUCCCAGAGAUCACGUCUGCGGCGGGGUUAAUUAUAGAGAUCUAGAUUUCACCUGCUGUGAAGGAGUACGUCAUGAAGGGGCGGGGCUGUCCUGCUGUGGAAACAGGGUCUUUAACCUCACCCAGGCUUCCUGUUGUAAAGGUCAGUUAACUCUGAAUGUGAGCCAGCUGGUGUCAGAUUGCUGUGGGUGUAGGCCCUACGACCCACUCAACCAGCUGUGUUGUGACUCACGGAUCCUAACCAGGACCCAACCUCAUGCCAAGUGUUGUGGAAAAGAGCUUUACGAUGAAGACCACCAGCUUUGCUGUGGAAAUGUUUUGAAAGGAAGGAAGGUCCUGGCUAAAAUGUCCAGUCACCACCGAUGCUGUGGAGACCACCAGUUUGACCAGCAAAGCCACUGCUGCUGCUCUGAAACACUAUCCCCAGAGCCUCUCAAUGCAAGCUGCUGUGCAUCAACAAGUUCUAAUUACAGGGGAUUUGACGCGAGUUCUCCAAACUGUAUGCCAGGGGAGAGGCCCGAGGGUUGCUGUGUGAACCAUACAUCCUGCCAGGGGCAUCCUCACUCCCACCUCCAGACCCCUGUGGAAACACGCAGCCACACCCCAGGUCUCCACGAUGAUGCUGGCUGUGGCUCUCAGGUUUACAAUCCAGACAAAAAGACCUGCUGUGCCGGGAAGCUGUUCAAUAGGGUGCUCGGAAAAAACCUGUGCUGCGGUAAAACUCCCUAUGCUGUAGAGGACCGACGGGUGCUGUGCUGUAACCAGAUGUUGUACCUUGGGGUGGAGGCUGGGCACCAGUGCUCCCCAGGUGGCCACUUGUAUCUGCCAUCCCGUGAAAUUGUGUGUGAGUCACGCGUUCAUCUCAACGAUCUAGGCAAACACUGCUGUGGAGAAGAGACCUACUACCCUCAGGAUGAAAUCUGCUGCAACGGACACAAACACCACAGGUUGGGGAACAUGUCCUGCUGCGGAGGGAAGGCCUACGACCCCAGCAGUGGCCAGAUGAAGUGCUGUGCAGAUACUCUGUACAACCUGCAGGUUCAGGACUGGCUCUCAGAGGAUGCCCAGUGCUGUGGGAAUAUCCUGAUGGAGGCCGGCUCCACCUGCUGCUCCGCCCCAGGACUAGACCUGCUCUACCCUACCCAGCCAGGGUUCACCUGCUGUGGGCACCGCUACCCCAACUCCUCCCUGUGGUCUUGCUGUGCGGGCGUCCUGCACCCAAGGACUGAACGAAACACCACCAGCAUGAACAUGAUUCCAGGACUUAGGAUUCUACCACUGGGGGACCUGAAGACAGAAAAGUUGUGUGACAACAAAGUUCUGCUAGGGACAGUGGAGAGUGUGUCUGUGAAGAAGAAUACGCGAUCCAUCGUGAUGGUGAACGUCAUGUCCAUGCAGGCCUGGCGUGGCCAUGUCAACGCUCUGCCUUCCCCUCACUACCUCACAUUACCCGACCACUGCAGCUCUCCUGAAUUGGUGCCAGGCAACACUUACCUCUGGGUGAAAACAAGACAUUUCCCAGACACCAUAAACGUAAUCUCUGAUCUCAGCGACCAUCCCUCCCCUCUCCAUUCCAUCCUCUCCAGGUGCUCAAAAUGAUACAUUUAACCAUGUUGAGGGUAUACAGUGUUUGUUUAUAAAUAAUGGCACAAAAAAAGCAGUAACAUUUUACUUGACACCCAGUGACACAGUCAUGUCCAUUUCAUAAUAUGUCAUAACAGCUGACAACCUGUCAUAACGUUUAUGAUAUGGUCAUAACACUGUCAUGACAUAUAUUUAAACUUGUUGUGACGUAUAUUGAGUCAUUUUAUCGCUGGUUAUGACACCUACAUAAGAGUGUAAAAACACACAAAACCUACUACGGUAGUUAUUUUAUGGCUUACGACACCAACAAAAGAGUGUAAAAACACACAAAACCUACUACGGUAGUUAUUUUAUGGCUGGUUAUGGCACCUACAUAAGAGUGUCAAAACCAACAAAACCUACCACACCAGACAAAACAUUCCAUUACACCAUAGCCUACAUGUCAACAGUAUGUUUAUGCUAAUAUAUAUAUGCAGACCCACGCAUAUAUAUGCACACACUGUAUUUUUUUAAUUUAAUUGACCAUAUUAAAUUAUCAUUGUGAUUAUGCACACAUUGAUGACACACAUGCCCAUACCCCAAUGCUCUGUUGCUGAUGACUGGGAUGAAUGUAGGAGCAGAUUUCAAGAGCAGGACAAGGCACCCUCUUUUUUUUUUUACUGAUAUAAGGGCAUGUAAAGCGUAUCUGGCUAAUAUAAUUAUGAUGGUCAUAAUGCUUCUUGACAUGGUCAUUAAAGUGAAUUUUCUUAGUCCAAGUAAAGUGACAGGAUGGCCAUCAAGCAUCAUGAGAGUGUCCUAAAAAAAACGUGACUGUAAAGAAUUCACAACAACAACAAAGGCUGUAAGAAACGGACUUUCAAACCAAAGGAAAUUGCACUCUUAUUUAGGUGUCAUUGUCAGCCAUAGAAUAACGCUCUCUACAGUAUGCCACAACAG